AUUCCAACCAGAGUUUUGUAUCUUGACGCUUUAUAAAGACAGAAGGAUUUGUUAAAACAUGGAACUGAGUCUACAAUUUAUUUUCCUGACAUUAGCCUUGAUAUCAAACACACCGAAUGUUUUGGGACGACAAAUAGUGUUAACUCCAGUUGUCUGCAGCCAAGCAGGAGCUGUAUUGUACAAUGGCAACUGUUAUCAAGCUUUUAGCGACAGGGCACUUACUUGGAAUGAAGCACAACUAGCAUGUAAGACUUGGGGUGGAGACUUAGCUACGAUUGAUUCAGAUGCUCUGGCCUAUGCAGUUAUUCCUAAUUGGUACAGCUUGUCCUACUGGAUUGGUAUGAAAGUCAUUGGUGGAACAUGGAUUUGGGUGUAUGACAAUUCAGCAGUAAACUUGGCUUCUCCUGAACUGAAUAAUUGGGCUGAUUUUGGUGCUCAUAAACCUGGAUAUGAUUGCCAAUCAAUUAACGACGAAGGCUAUGGCCUUUAUCUCCAAGAGAAGCUGUGCUCUAGCACGUCCUACUAUGUCUGCAUGGGUGCUCCUGCUUCAGCUAUUGAGACUACAACAACAACUACUACAACUGUUAAAACGACAACACUCUCUUCGAAGUCAAAGGAUAAAAGCAAGGACAUACCUGAAGGUUGUAACGGCCCAAACAAUGGAAAAGAAAGCAACGAUAACAAAGAAAAAAAAGACUAG